AUGGCUGAGACACCGAUCCUUGUCGGCGUUGGCGACAUCAUCAACCGCAAUCUAGGAGUCCAUCACGCCGCAGAGCCUGCUGAACUGAUGCUCGAUGCCAUCACAAUUGCUCUACAGGACACUGGUCUAACUUCGGAUGUCAUCACCAAGUUGAAGACACAGAUCGAUAGCAUAGAUGUUGUUCGUACCUGGACGUGGCCGUACCCAGAUCUACCUGGUCUGCUUGCUGAAAGACUGGGCUCAACCCCCAAGCAUAGCUACUGUUCACCCCAUGCCGGUAAUCAACCUGCUAAACUGGUGGAUGAAGCCGCCCGCAGAGUUGCAAGUGGUGAGACCAAGCUGGCAGCAGUGACUGGAGGCGAAGCUUUGGCAUCUCUGGCCGCUUGUGCAAAAGCAGGAGUUAUGCCUCCACCGAACUGGACUCCUGUCGACACACCCGUCACUCAAGUGUUUGCGCCUUCGAUGGACGAGAUGGCCAGAGGGGUAGGAGCGAAACACAAGAUUGGCGCUCCUAUCCAAGUAUAUCCACUUUUCGAGAACGGUCUACGUGCUCUAAGAGGACAGUCCUUGGAAGACAACAACGCCGAAAGUGCAAAACUGUACGCCGAAUUUGCCCAAGUUGCCAACAGGACACCACUUGCAUGGAGCUUCCCUCGCACCGCCGAAACAGAAGAGACCAUUGGACGUGUUUCUAGUCGAAAUCGCAUGAUUUGCUUUCCUUACCCUCUGCUGAUGAAUGCGUUCAAUACGAUCAACCUAGCAGGAGCGGUGAUUCUGACAUCAGUCAGAUAUGCUCGCGAGCUAGGCAUUGCUCAAGAGAGAUGGGUCUAUGUGCUUGGAGGAGCAGGUACACAAGACAGUGACAACUUCUGGGAACGACCGAACUUCCACUCUAGUCCUGCAAUCAGUCGUACCUUGGACGCUGGCCUGGAGGCUUGUGGGCUCAGCAAAGCUGACAUUGACAUCUAUGACUUCUACAGCUGCUUCCCCAUUGUGCCCAAGCUCGCCUGUCUGCAUCUUGGAUUGGACAUCUUAAAGCCUGAGAAGCCUAUUACUCUGCUAGGCGGUCUGACAAGCUUCGGCGGAGCAGGCAACAACUACUCUAUGCAUGCAAUCACAAUCAUGGCGAGAAAGCUGCGUGCGGGAAAUGGAACGAAUGGCCUCGUGCUUGCCAACGGCGGCGUCUUGACAUAUCAGCAUGUCAUCUGCCUGUCUUCUCGACUACGUGCAGAAAAUCGACCUUAUCCUGCACGCAACCCUCUCCCAUCGAUGCUCAGCAACGACUUGGUUCCCGAAACAGAGGAGUCUGCAGAGGGUGAAGCCAUCAUCGAGACGUACACAGUCGAUUUUGACCGCAAGAACGAGCCUGUGCUCGGCCAUGUUGUAGGCAGACUGAAGAGCUCCAAUCACAGGUUUGUUGCUAAUCAUGGAGAUGCGGCGACGUUGAAGCGGCUAGCGAGCAGGACUGAGGAGCCCAUCGGCAAGAGCGGUUAUGUGCGAGCAGAUGGGCAACAAGGAAGAAACUUGUUCUUCUUCGAAUCGAGCGCGCGACUGUAG